UGGAUAUGUUUGUUGCGAUCAAAUGCUUAAGGAAAGGUUAUAUAACCGACUGCAAAGCACGGGUUCACGCAGGGGCGGGUCUACCCGACGCUUAAAAGAUCGUGUUACGCAUAGUAGAGCCCACGGGCACCAGGCCGCUUGUACGGUUAAGGAUCGCACCGGGGACACUCAACAAGUGGUGCGGAGCAUCCAGAUGCGUGCGAUCCGUUUUGUGUGCACGCGUGCACGGUUGCACGCGAGGUCACGUGAUCCGGGCUCCGUGGGGCGACUGCCCGUGAGGGCCGCCGGCGCUCAAAGUGUUUACAUGCAGCUUCGCGAGGCUUUCCGAAGGGUGCCUGUAUACGGAGAUGAGUAG